CUGAUAAGAUUGCUCGCUCGACUAUAAACGCAUUCGAUAAUGAAUUCGACCUAGACCGCGUAUAUAAAUGUAGAAGGUCGCGACUAUUGAAAUGACAGUCACCUUUCACUGUGCAGUUUAGAACUACCGAUGGCUUUUAAUGCAAACGAGCAUCAACAUUUGCGUUACAACCCCCUGCGCGACGAGUGGGUGCUUGUAUCACCUCACCGCAUGUUGCGACCUUGGAGCGGUCAAAUCGAAACGGCUCCCUCGGAGAAAACCCCACAGUUCGACCCCACUAACCCCCUCUGUCCUGGCGUUACGCGAGCCUCGGGGAAGGUGACGCCCCAUUACGAGUCCACCUACGUGUUCGAAAACGACUUCCCCGCGCUUCUCGAUGAAGGGCCCGAGCCUCCUCCGCCCGAAGAUUUCUUUUUCCAAGCGGCGCCCGCCAAGGGCACUUGCCGAGUGAUUUGCUUCCAUCCCAGAUCGGAUGUCUACCUGGCCACGAUGAGCGUGGGCCAAGUCCAGGCGGUCAUCGAGGAGUGGGUACGGCAGACCUUGGAGCUGGGGCAGAAGUACCGCUGGGUUCAAAUCUUCGAGAACCGUGGCGCAAUGAUGGGGUGCUCCAAUCCGCACCCUCACUGUCAAAUUUGGUCAUCCACCUUUCUUCCCAACGAGCCCAAAUUGAAAGACAGAACGCAACGCGAGUACUUCGAAACGCGCAAGUCUCCAAUGCUCGUUGAUUAUGCCAGAAGCGAGAUGCGCAGCGGGGAGCGUGUUGUGUAUCAAAACGAGGAGUGGUUGGUGGUCGUGCCAUACUGGGCUGUUUGGCCUUUUGAAACCCUUCUGCUACCAAAACGGCAUAUAAGGCGUCUGACUGACUGCGAUGAAACGCAAAAGGAGCAGUUGGCCAUCACUCUUCAAGCUCUCGUCGCGAAGUACGACAACCUGUUCAGGUGCAGCUUCCCGUACUCAAUGGGCUGGCACGGCGCGCCCACGGGUUCCGACCUCACCACCGACCAAUCUCACUGGACCUUUCACGGCGCUUACUACCCUCCUUUACUGCGCUCUGCAACCGUAAAAAAGUUCAUGGUGGGCUACGAAAUGUUCGCCCAAAGCCAGCGCGAUCUCACCGCCGAAAAAGCGGCGGGUAUACUGCGCGACCUACCCGAAAAGCACUACUCACUGUAGCUUAUCCUUCCACAAAAUAAACGUUGAGAGCACACUU